AUGAUCUCAGAUCAAACUGUGCGAGUGUUUCUGGAUGCCUGCGAGGGAUACGGCGUCAACGUGUUUGGCGCUCAGCUCUAUGAACUGGUAGCCGACCCAACCUGCUGUAAGCUUUUGGGUAGCGGGGCUUUUGGCACAUGUUACAGUGUUGAGGUCUCAAAAAGCCACUGGGUCAUCAAACUCGUGCCAGAGGAUGGUCCUGACAUCGAGAGUCUCUACGGGGAAAUCCAAGCUCUGUCCGCCUUGCAGGGUGUCCCAGGUCUACAGAAGGUGGUCGGGGUUUGUCCCUGGAAGCUCGCUUUAAUCACAGAGUUCGCCGGGAAGUCCUUGGACACCUACUUAGACACUCACAACUGCACCUUCUCAGAGCGCCUCCAGAUCGUGCAACAGGUCAGCUGGACACUGACUGAGAUGAGGGCUCGGGGAUGGGUGCACAAUGAUAUUAAAAUCAAUAACAUUUGUAUCCAAAAGACUGCCCAGGGGAUCCAAGCUACUCUCAUUGACUUUGGUUUAGCUGUCCAGGUCGGGGGAUGCCUACCAUUUCCCCCAGGAACAAUGGCACCCUUCCACAUGGCCCCUGAGGUGGUCAAAAGCAGUCAACUCACCCACCAGGCCGACGUCUACAGCGUCGGUCGCCUCAUGCAGUAUCUUCUGCAUGAAAAGCUGAGCCGCCUCCACCAAGAUGUACGAGGAUGGCUGGUCCGCGCCACCAACCGUGACCCAAGCCAACGAGGCUCCUUAGUUGAACUGUUAGAGUGUCUUGACGGGUGA